UAUUCACUUCGCGGUAUUGGUUUUUCCAGAUCCACUAAACGCAUAAAAUUGAGCGCAAACGCAUGCAACAGACACUCAUCAAGAUAAUUUAAAAAAGUGUGCACAACACUGCAAGUCUCAACAGGUUUAAAUUAAAAUAAGUACCAAGAUGUCAAACACAUGGUCACCACAAGCGCCAGAAUGGUCGGAAGAAGAAAAAUCACUCUUACCACUGGAAAUUGCAAAAGAAAGCCGCACAACUUUAGCAACAGUGUUGGAAAAAAGUGACAAUUUUGUCCUAAAAUUCCCAGUUGAUUCAAACAGAUGUAAAACUUUGCGAACAAAUGUUGAUAACGACACCCUUGAGAGGAACAUAAAUUCUGCUUACCCCGUUUUGCACGCGAAUAUUCUUCAAUUUUAUGCGCAAUUCAUUCUCCACAAACGGAAAAAUGGAAAUACUAUAGAAAAAGCUCUCUACAACGACAUGAAUCUCUUGCAGUUCGUUGAUAGAUUAUUGUCAAAACGUGCUGCAACAUUUAUAGGGAAACAAGACAGUUACACUUUGCUUAACGGGAAGAAAGGACGAGGUAAAUGGGAAACUAUCGGCACUUUAGCGGAAAAAAAGCCCCUAGUUUUAAAAGACUGUCUCAGUUAUGAGGAAGUAAAACUAUCGGCUUUCCUAUCAGUCAGUUCUUUCACCCACUUUGUCAAUCUUGGGGACCGCAAAAACAUGGCUAAAUACGAAACUGACCGAAGUGGAAUUCAAGACGAGGGAAUUAUUAUGGGGAUAAUUGGCCCAAGAUUGGUAAAAAACGAAGUGAUGGAGUACCAGGAGUUGGUCAUCACCGAGUCACAAAACACCAAAACUAAGGGUUACGGACAGACAGAGACUCCAACAAUUCAUCACCUUUUCGCCAAACUGUACCAUGAACAGUGUUUGGAGUGUAAGGAAAUACUUGAGAAGAAAAAAACCAACCCGAAUCGUUACACUACUUUACGAAAUGACGAGCUUUUGGACAAUGUCCUCUACCACAAACGUCUCGUUUUCACAAUGGACACGUUAUUCACCGAAGCCAACCAACGAGCUUUGGAGAAAAACACCACGGCUUACAUCCACGUCGUCGGAAUUGGUCUCGGAGUAUGGAAAAAACACCCAUGUCAGAACAAACUUUUCAUGGAUUCUUGUGGCCAGAGAAUUCUAAAUUUAGGGAAGCAACUGCACAACGUCAGCGAUAUUUGUUUUGCGUACAUCCAACAUAAUGCCUGUUUGAGUUACAAGCAUGGGGAUGUUAUCCCGAUUGAAGGACAUCCCUUGAAAGGGAUCAGGGUUCAUAUUUGCAAACGGGAACCUCACGCUAAACUAACAGGGCGAGACGAAGGAAAAUUGCUCGUUGUUUCGUAUGCCUGGGAUGGAAAUGCCUUACCAGGAAACGAAUUCUGGAUUGGGAAGUUGGGGAGUAGCGGUGAUUCAGCAGCUGCGUCCUCUACCCAGAUCACGGAACUUCAUAAUCCGUUUAUUAACCCCAAUGUAAGUUCUGGCAAUUUGAGGGUAGUAAAGGACGGUAAAGUGGUGGGACUGGAGGAGUAUGCGGCCGAGGUCAGACGCCAAAAGAAGAGGAAAUUGGAAAAUUAGGGAUUAUUUUGUUGUAUUUUAUAUCUAAUAAAGUAUCUACACGAGUAUUGUUUUUAA